AUGUCAAAAAUAAAAGAUGAACGAUAUAAUUAUAUAUCUUAUGUUGGACCAAAAGAAGAUGAAGAAAUAGUCGAAAAUUUUAAAAUUCGUUGGUCAAGAGUGACUCCGUCUGAUGCUAACAUUACAUUGGAUAAGUUUCAAUUAAUUCGAACACUAGGACGCGGAAGUUUUGGUCGAGUUAUUUUAGCAUUGUUAAAAGCAGAAAAUGCAGCAAAAGUUGUUGGUGCAGAUGGAAAUAAAUUUUUUGCUAUUAAAGUGAUGGACAAAACGAAAUUGGUUCGCUACAAACAAAUUGAUCAUACAUUGAAUGAGCGAAGGGAUAAUUCCUAUGUUUACCUUUCAAUUGAGUAUAUAACUGGAGGAGAUAUGUUUUCAUAUUUAAGACGUGUGACAAAAUUUAAUGAAAAACAAGCAAAAUUUUAUGCGGCACAAAUCUAUUUAGUAUUUGAAUAUUUGCACUAUUUUGAUAUUUUAUAUCGGGAUUUAAAACCUGAAAAUAUUCUCAUUUCCGAAAACGGUUAUCUAAAAGUAACAGAUUUUGGAUUUGCUAAACAUGUUUCUGGACGAACAUAUACUCUCUGCGGCACGCCAGACUAUUUGCCACCUGAAAUAAUCAAACAUAAAGGAUAUGCCAAGUCUGUCGAUUGGUGGACAUUUGGAAUAUUAGCAUUUGAAAUGGUCGGUGGUCAACCGCCCUUUUCUGGAAAGGAUCACAUCCAGCUAUAUGAAGCGAUUGUAAAUCAACGUUUUACAUCACCAAAUUAUUUUUCAGUUGAAUUGACCGAUAUGAUUCGGAAACUACUGGUUGUCGAUGUUAGUACACGUUUAGGUUGUAUGGCAAAUGGAAACAAAGAUAUUCAAAGUCAUUCAUGGUUUGAUAAUAUUAAUUUUGCUCGUAUUUAUCAUCAACAAGAACAACCUCAAUAUAAGUAUGUAUUUUUUAUCAACAUUUUUAAAUUAAUCACAGUUUUAGAAAUGUUUUUCUUUCUUGUAAGACCACCAAGAAAAGAUCCAUUAGAUCCAUCUACUUUAAACCAUGCCGAAGAACCUGUACGUGUUUCGCGACAUCAUUUACACGAAGAAGAAUUUAAAGGAUUUUAG